AUGAACCCAAAUAUCCCAGAACACAUCCCAGUGGAACAAUUAUUCCUCGACCUCCCCAUCCAGCACGUUAUCGACAAUAAAGCAGGAAUGCCGGCCACACUAUACGUCAACGCCAUCCGUGAACAGAGAUUCGGAGAUGCUAUAUGGGUACGCUAUAAUAUCGCUAGAGACGUGGAAGAUGGCAUAAAGGUGAGAGAUGAUAUACCGGGAAACACAAAUCAAACUGUACUCGAGGUGAUCAAGGAAGAUGCCUUGAAUUACAGAGUGAUUGCGCCGGGAUGCCAAGGCCAUGUCGCUCUAUGCGAAAACGAGCAGUACCGAUGGGCGUGCAUAUGUGCUAGAGAUUGUUUGCAAUCUUUCGGAGAGUGA